UAGAAUGAGAAAGCACCAGGAUUAAAUUCCCAUUCAACGAUCUCUAAUAGCUUUCCGUCGUUAAUGUCCCCGGAACCAGCGGGAGGCUACGCUAAUGAGGUGGGGGAAUCCUUCAGGGCUCUGGUGCCCGUCUCUUUAGUGGGGGCCGGUUACGGGGUGGCAACCGCCUACGUGACAGCAGACGCGGUCGACAAGGGAAAAAAAGCCGCAGCAGCUGCACAACCUCAGGAGGAAGGAAGAACCACCCGGGCAGCCGUGGCGGUGGUGGACACGUUCAUCUGGCAAGGCUUGGCCUCCGUGGUCAUCCCUGGAUUCACCAUCAACCGCAUCUGUGCAGGGUCCCUCUACCUCAUGGGCAGCUUGACCCGCUGGCCCCUUCCUGUUAGGAAGUGGACAACGACGGCUGUCGGGCUUGCAGCCAUUCCUUUCAUCAUCAAGCCUAUCGACAGGUCAGUGGAUUUCUUAUUAGAUUCCAGCCUUCGCAAACUUUACAAGAGUGAAGAGAAGCCCCCUUCCUUUUGAAAUGGCUGGCCCUGUCCGCACUACCUCUCCCUCCAGAUUCGAUGACCCAGAUUUGGAAUUGGUUAAACCUGGGUCCGGGGAAAAGACCCGCACCCAUCUUGGGUGUGGGGGAAGGUGAGAAUCACACAAGGGACAGAUAUUCCUUCAAGGUCUGUUCAGGUACUGGGGAGCAAACCAAGAGCUGGACAUUUAUUUAAACUUGAUCGUCAGAUCUUGUUUCAAAAAACGGGUCUUAUUUACUAAAAAUAAAGGAAGAGUUCCUAGAACAAGCUUGGAUUUUAGAGCAGCUGUUCCCACACGCUUGUGUUUUUUUUUUUAAGUUUUUACUUUUUUUUUUAAUGUAAGCCACCCAACGUUAUCUGGAGUUGGUGGCCUCUAAGCUGUAUUAAAUAAAUAGUAGCAAGGACUAGCAAACGAAAACUGCUCGCUCUUUUCUCCUGCACUGUGAAGCCCACGGGUGAAUUGUACUAGAUAAUUAGCUAGUGAUUAAUUGCACUGAGAUUUGCAACAAAUGGUCAGACUGUUGUUCCACUGAAUUCUCACCGACCUGUCCUGGGUGACAGCUCACUGUAGUCACUUCUCUUUUGCCUAUCUUAAAAAUAAAGGGGAAGCAAGUUGA